GGGUACCUCUUCAUUUAAAUCGUUUGUUAUGAUGACAAAACAGAUCUUCAUAUCGUUUGGGGUGUUGUUCAUUCUGGCUGUUUACUGUGAUAUGGUUGAGAAUGCAGUAAUCAAAAGAAUGUUCAUGCCCAAUGAAAUGCCUGUAAACAUGCCAAUAAUGUCCAACAAUGAAGGCAUGAAUGACUAUGAACUACAGAAUAUCGUCUCAACAUUAAAGUCUCUUUUGCAAAACUACGUCCAGUCCAAGAUGGGUGGAGGACAACAACCUUAUCCAUAUAUGGAUUAUAAUCAAUUUAGAAAUUCAAGACCAUCAUACUAUGAACCGGUCACAGAUUAUCCAAUUUAUCCGAUGGACUACCAGGGCACAUAUCAACCGUAUGAUUUACCUGAAUCGAUCGGCUCAACUGACAGUCCAUCAAUGUAUUAUCCACAACAGUGAUGUGUUUUGCGUG